ACAGCACAACAUGCGUCCAGCCAGGUGUUUGCUGUGAACUUUAGUUAGAUGGUUUAGUUUCCUUCAGGUUAGCACAGCCUUCUGUUUUCCUGCUGCGCUUCUGGUUAACGUGAGAGCGGCCGAUCGGGUGUGUGAGCAGGAGGCUCCGCGGCUGCUGCUGUCAGACUCUGACAUGGGUCUGCGGCACCGACGGGCACACUGAAGACUUGGGGACUUUUUUUUUAGUUUCAUCAUCCAACAACGUGCUGCUACAGAGAGGACAGGUUGUAGAUACGCGUGUUCAAGUGACGCUAGAGCAGAAAAGUCAUGCAGAAGUUCAGCUCGAGCGGGACGCACUGCAACAGCCUGCCCCGCGACGCGGAGCUCCAGCUGCGGCUGGCUGACAGCAGCGGAGCCGGGGAAGGGAAGGAGAACGGAGCUGGAGCGCAUCAUCUCAGCCAGCGCGAGGAGGAGCCGGGCUCGUUCUGCACCAAGAAGAGGAUGCUCGUCGGUCUGGAUGUCAUAUGUCUGUUAGUUGCCUCCAUCCCAUUUUUUGCGUGUGAAAUGAAGGCAGUGACUCCGUAUAAGCGAGGAUUUUUCUGCGGCGACACCACCAUCACCUAUCCCUACGUGGAGAGAGAGACCAUCUCCGACAGCCUGCUCACCGCUGGAGGCAUUGCCAUCACUGGCUUAACAAUCGCAUUGGCUGAAUGUUACCGGGUUCGUUUUCGAGGCGUACACUCACGUGCCUUUGUUCAAAAUCGUUAUGUGUCGUGCUUGUACAAGGAAAUAGGAAGCUUCCUGUUUGGUUGCUGUGUGUGUCAGUCUCUCACGAAUAUGGCCAAGCUGAGCGUGGGUCGCCUGCGCCCAUACUUCCUGUCUGUUUGUAACAUCACGUAUGCGUCCAUUAACUGCACCCCCGGCAGCUACAUCUCUCAGGUCACCUGCAGGCAGCCCAACGCUAAGUUAGUCGAAGAAGCAAGGAAGUCGUUUUUUUCCGGCCAUGCUUCCUUUGCGAUGUACACCAUGCUCUAUUUGGCAUUCUACCUACAGGCGAGGGUAUCGUGGCGAGGAGGUCGGUUAUUGCGCCCACUUGUGCAGUUUCUCUUAGUGAUGGUUGCCAUUUACACCGGCCUGAGCCGCAUCUCUGAUUAUCGCCAUCAUCCCACUGAUGUCCUCACCGGUUUCAUCCAGGGGGGGCUCACUGCUUAUUGGGUGGCUUUUCACAUCUCCUCCAUGUUUAAACCAUGCACUCGUACAGACCUGUCUCCCACAAGCAUGUCCCUGGAGAGUCCGCUGUCCAGUCAGCAGACUGUCUGCUAGCAGGUGUAUGCAAUCAUUUCACAAAUCAGAAGAAAAGAACAGAUGGACUGCAAUAGGACAGGAAUAGGUUUGAGGUAUGGAGAGAAGGAUUUAAUAAAAAGAGUACAAUCUAAUGCAUGCUUACACACUCUGGCAUACGGAUGUGACCAGCAUUCAUCAAACAUGUGGAAUACAAAAAGCACAUAUGGUGACCCAGUGAAAAACAGGAUCUACAUGGUUAUAUUUUAGUCUGUUUUUUUACACGUGAAUAACAAAAGUUAUAUUUUGUAAGAUUAUUUUUUUUAAGCUGCUAAUGUUGUAAAGUUCCUGUCUGGAGGCAUGCACUCAGCCGUUCAUCUGGUUUAAAGCAACCAGCCUCCUGGUUCUUUUUGAUGCUCUGGUCCACCAGCAGCUGUGAACGGAGACCGUAAGGCUGCAGAGGUUCUGUAGAAAUGGCAAAAAGAACCAACAAGCACUUCUCACCUUCAGAGCCCUGAUGUGUUCCAGUCGGACCGCCCCACGUUGCUUUGACUAAACUCUGACCUGCGUGUGUAAGCAAAGAAAAAUCUGUGUUUGUGCUGCAACACAAUGCUAUCAUUCUCAACCAAGGUGGUGAGUGGAAGGAAUCUGACCCGGUUAUUUCUCUUCCUCUCCUCUUUCCUUUCCAUGUUAACCUGUUUUCUCAGAGUUUGACUGAACUUUUGUAACCCCUGACCUUUUGCCCCUGGACCCCAGAUCUCUGAGCUGCACCUUGACCUAUGCCACUAAGACAGGAGCUGCCACUCAGCUGCCCUCCUGUACUUCCUAAUUAUUAGCACUUGAACGUAGAUAAUGGAACUUUCUAAUUUCAAUCAAUAUUAUGUAUUUUACCACAUGUUUGAAUAAUCAGUGUUUAUUUUUGUUAAUUUCAGACUCAUACCUUAUAUAUAUAUUUGUUUAAAUCAUAUUUUUUUCAAACUGUAUGUAAAUAGUUGUCGUUAUAUGAACCACACAGAAUUUUAAAGUAUUAGCUUGGACAGAUUUUAAAUGUUUGUUAGUGUGUUUUACAGGUGCAGGGAGCUGCUUUUGUACCUGUUGUAACAACUAGACUGAGCCACAGAUGUUAUCAGAAAGCUAUAUUUUUUGUGUUUCCAGUAAUUAUUUUAUGUUUGUUUUGUCUGUGAACGCCAGAGAGCGCAGAAAUAACCACUGUACUCAAAAACCAAACCAUUAAAGUGAAUUUUAUAAUG